AUGAAGAGAGAUCUGGUUUUCUUGGUGACUCUAAUUAGCCUUGCCUUCCUGUCACUGCUAAGAUCUGGAUAUCCUCAACACAUUGCAGAGGAGUCCUGCUCUGUUCAGAUUCUUGUUCCAGGCCUCAAAGGAGAGGCUGGAGAAAAGGGGGAGAAAGGUGCCCCAGGUCGUCCAGGCAGAGUUGGACCUCCAGGAGAAAAAGGAGAAAUGGGUGACAAAGGACAGAAGGGCAGCAUAGGACGGCAUGGAAAAAUUGGUCCUAUUGGUUCAAAAGGUGAAAAAGGAGAUAAUGGUGACAUAGGACCACCAGGUCCUAAUGGUGACCCAGGCAUCCCUUGUGAGUGCAGUCAGCUAAGGAAGGCUAUUGGUGAGAUGGAUAUUCAAGUAGCCCAGCUGAUGACAGAGCUAAAAUUCAUAAAAAAUGCUGUCGCCGGCGUGCGUGAGACAGACAAUAAGAUCUAUCUGCUGGUCAAGGAGGAGAAGAGGUACAAGGAAGCCCAGCUGUACUGCCACGGAAGAGGAGGGACGCUGAGCAUGCCCAAGGAUGAGACUGCCAACAACCUGAUUGCCUCGUACAUCAACCAAGCUGGGCUCACCAGAGUCUUCAUUGGGAUUAACGACCUGGAGAAAGAGGGGAAUUUCGUCUACUCUGACCGGUCACCCAUGCAGACGUUCAACAAAUGGCGCAGCGGGGAGCCCAACAACGCCUACGACGAGGAGGACUGUGUGGAGAUGGUGGCGUCCGGAGGCUGGAAUGAUGUUGCGUGUCACAUUACCAUGUAUUUUGUGUGCGAAUUUGACAAGGAAAAUGUCUAA